AUGCAGCACAAACAUCUGCUUAGUCUUCUCACCAUCUUCCUUGCCCGGUCGGGGGUCGUUUGCAAUGGCACAUCCUCUCGUGUCUCGGCUCAAUCUUGGGUAGAUGGAAUCAAUCCUGGUUGGAAUCUGGGUAACACUCUUGAUGGAAUUCCAGACGAGGGAGAUUGGGGAAAUCCUCGAGUUGUGCCCUCGACCUUUGAUGAUGUGAAGAAGGCGGGAUUCAAAGGAGUUCGACUACCAGUGACAUGGGCAUAUCACUUCGAUACGGAAGCCCCUGAUUACAUAGUCAACCCGUCCUGGCUCCAGCGAGUAUCCGAUGUGGUCGACAUGGUUCUCGAGCGUGACAUGUAUGUUCUCAUCAACGUUCAUCAUGACUCCUGGACAUGGGCCGAUGUCACCCAAGCCAGUGCAAAUUACACUCAGAUUGAAGAGAAUUUGCUGGCUUACGAGCCCAUCAAUGAACCUCCGGGCACGACCGCAGCACAUGCAGCUGAGUUGAGAAAGCUCGAAAAUUUGUUCCUGAAAGCUAUAAGCGAUGCUGGUGGUUUCAAUCCCGAGCGUGUGGUCACCCUCAAUGGUCCACAGGAAAACAGCGACUUGACCUCACAAUACUUCAUCCGCCCAACAAACAUCACCAAUUCUUGGGCGAUUCAGUACCACUACUACUCGCCUUAUCCAUUCAUAUUUUCUGCCUGGGGAAGCACGAUCUGGGGUUCAGCUGCAGACAAAGCUGCUCUUGAAGCAGAUAUCGCCAACAUUCGUUACAACUUCACCGAUGUGCCUCUCAUCAUCGGCGAAUGGGCGGCAUCACCAGUAGCCACUGAAAUAGCAGCCCGCUGGAGGUACUUCGAUUUUCUUGUUCGUACAGCAGCAAAGUACAACACUUCGACGGUGCUGUGGGAUAACGGCGCCGACUUCUUAGACCGUGCGAAUCAUAUCUGGCGUGAUCAGACGGCUAUCGAUAUCUACAUGUCCGCUCUUGGUGGUGAGGCCAAUGCUCUGCCCGACAGCACCACCGAUCCCGAUGCCAUGACACAAUUUACCAAUGCAGACCUAUUCGUGCGUGUCGGUCAGAAUGUGACCUCUCAAAGUCUUCCUUACAUCAUCCCUCUCAACACGAGUUUGGUCUCAAUUACAGGCGACGAUAACAAUUUGUUGACAGGAGGAGCCGACAACUCGAUUUUUGGCAAAACCAUUGUCUUCUCAGCCUCUUUGCUCCGUUCCUACUUCACAUUUUCCGCCAGCCCCGGCUCCAUUGCAAACUUGACUCUCGAGUUCUCCUCCGGUGCUGACUUGACCUCGAAUCUCGUACUCUGGGACACACCCACCAUAAACAGCACCUCGAGCUCCGUAGCUGCGGCAAACGGCCCGAGUAUCUCCAUCCCCGUUCAAUGGAAAGGUAUCAACAAACCCGCGACCGUCAAAGCAGUCACUGCGAACGGGACCUAUCUGGUCGAUGACUUUACAAAGUACUACGGACCUUCACAGAAUGCUAGAACCACGUACAACUCUCAGUGGAACUGGGACACGAACAAUUUGAUCAUCACAGCUGCGGCUGUGAAUGCUGUGAAAUCUUUGGGUGAGGAUGUGAUCUUCACUUUCGAAUUCUACCCAAGGGUGUCCGGCAAUGCAGUAGACUAUACUUUAACUGUCUGA